GUGGAAGUCGGCGUCGCCACUCAGCUGCCCAGUCAUAAAGGCAGCCACUGACUGACUGUUAUAAAGAAGACAAGGAUUCAUAAGGAACUGAUAUGUGUGUUGGAUACAAGCUCCUGUGACGUGUCUGCUAGCCGACUAUGGGAACAGCCAGACGAGAGCACGAGGAUAGUCGGCGGACUGCCCAUAAGGAGCAAAUGUCACAGUUGUCUUGGAUGCAUUUAUUUAUUCGCAUUAUCUGCGAAUCGCGUCUAUCAUACUGUUUAAUAUCUAUCUAUCUAUCUAUCUAUCUCAGUUUACCGUUGUCCAUUCAUUUUCGAACCCAAUUACUGUACCGACUGUAAAGUUUGAGCGUCACGCUGAAUUGACCUGUUCGUGAUUAGUGAAGAUGUGCUCAGCUUUCCACGAUUUCUGUUUAGUCAGCGUUCUAAUAGAGUGAUACGUUCGGAUAUCGGGACGGCCGUUUUCCCAGCUAAGGUGAAGAUAAAUGCUGAAGCGCUUCGCUCCUCGGGGGUGUCACUAAAGUCCUGAGCGGAGUGACGGAGCCCCACCGUACUGACAGGUAAAAAAUGAAGGCUCUAAUUCUAGUUGGCGGCUAUGGGACAAGACUUCGGCCAUUGACGCUCAGUUUCCCCAAACCGUUGGUUGAAUUCUGCAACAAACCAAUCCUGCUGCACCAAGUUGAAGCGCUGGUCAAGGCGGGUGUAAAUCACGUCAUCCUAGCCGUGAGUUACAUGUCUGAUCUACUGGAACGGGAAAUGAAGGCCCAGGAAGAGAGGUUAGGCAUUCGGAUCUCUCUGUCCCAUGAGAUGGAGCCGUUGGGAACGGCGGGACCCUUAGCUUUGGCACGAAAUCUCCUGACUGACAACUCUGAUCCUUUCUUCGUCCUCAACAGCGAUGUCAUCUGUGACUUUCCAUUUGAGGAGAUGGUGAAGUUCCACAAGAACCACGGCAGGCAGGGAACCAUUGCUGUGACAAGAGUUGAAGAACCGUCAAAAUAUGGAGUGGUGGUCUAUGAAGGGGACAGUGGACAGAUACACCGCUUUGUGGAAAAGCCACAGGUGUUUGUGUCCAAUAAGAUUAACGCCGGCCUGUAUAUCUUUAGCCCAUCCAUGCUGGACAGAAUACAACUGCGGCCCACGUCCAUUGAGAAGGAGAUUUUUCCAGUGAUGGCACAGGAGGGACACCUCUACGCUAUGGAGCUGGAAGGGUUCUGGAUGGACAUCGGGCAGCCCAAAGACUUCCUGACAGGCAUGUGCUUAUACCUGCAGUCUUUGCGGCAGCAGAGCCCUGAACGUCUGCGCACUGGCACCGGCUUCCUGGGAAAUGUGCUAGUGGAUCCUUCUGCACAAAUUGGCAACAACUGCACCAUCGGCCCCAAUGUGACAAUCGGGGCAGAUGUGGUCCUUGAAGAUGGUGUCAGGAUUAAGCGCUGCACUGUGCUACGGGGAGCCCGAGUACGAUCUCAUUCCUGGCUUGAGUCUUGCAUUAUUGGUUGGAGUUCUUCAGUGGGACAAUGGGUGCGCAUGGAGAAUGUGACGGUGCUUGGAGAGGACGUGAUCGUCAAUGAUGAACUGUAUCUGAAUGGCGCCAACGUCCUGCCACACAAGUCAAUUGCAGAAUCGGUGCCUGAGCCUCGUAUCAUAAUGUAGGGCCUGCAUGACUUUAGCAGCCAAAGCUUUGGCCCCGCGGAUGGCAGGAGUGAACGCGGCUACAGAGAAGCACGUGUUGUGACGUCUGCCUCACUGUGAUAAAAAAAAAAAAAAGAGCGAGCAUGUGAAGAAACUGCUGUCUGCACCGAGGGACGCAAUGCAUCAUGGAUACGGACUUCCCAGUUCUCGGCGGCAGGUUUCCACGGUUUUGUGAGCAGUAGCAGCCAUUUAUAUGAUGACCCUAAUUACCUGGUGCAGGGGGAGGUGGAAGGGGAUAGGAUUGAGAAGCGGAUUCUUUCCUAAAAUUAGAAUUCUAUUUUCCAAAUACUUUUUUUAUUUUGAUUAAAUUUUAUAAAUUAUCAGUUUAA